CCUUGCUUUGAUGGAUGAUACAACUCAUAUGCCAACUCAGAGACAAAAAAAAAUCCUCAUUUGUCAGCCCUGCUUCUAUACGUUAAAAGAUGAUUGAUUUUAUCGCCGAACCACAAUGCGGCCAAAUGCCAUCUGGGGAGGGUGAGGCGGCACACAAUUUCGGUAUUUGUUGGUGAUGAAAGCGGAAUGAUAAAUAGGAUUGCCAGAGUUUUUGCAAGAAGGGGAUACAACAUCGAGUCCCUCGCUGUUGGUCUGAACAAGGAUAAGGCCCUCUUCACCAUAGUUGUAUCUGGAACUGAAAGAGUGUUGCAUCAAGUUAUGGAACAGCUUCAAAAGCUUGUGAAUGUUUUGAAGGUUGAAGAUAUAUCAAAAGAGCCUCAGGUGGAACGUGAGCUGAUGCUCAUCAAAAUGAAUGCAGAUCCAAUGUACCGAGUUGAGGUCAUGUGGUUGGUGGACAUUUUUAGAGCUAAAAUUGUUGAUAUCUCGGAGCACUCGCUAACUAUUGAGGUGACUGGAGACCCAGGCAAAAUGGUUGCAGUGCAAAGAAAUUUAAGCAAGUUUGGUAUUAGAGAAAUUGCCAGAACUGGAAAGAUUGCUUUAAGAAGGGAAAAGAUGGGGGAGUCUGCUCCCUUUUGACGAUAUUCAGCGGCUUCAUAUCCAGAUCUGGAAGGAACAAUGCCAGUAGAUGCUUUUGUAGGGAAAAGAAAGACAACACUUAAUGGAGAAUCUGAUACUUCUGUUAGGGGUGAUGUUUAUCCUGUGGAAACAACUGAUGACUUCCCUAUAAGUCAAGUUCUCGAUGCACACUGGGGUGUUCUCGAUGAUGACGAUGUAAGU